GGGAGAUGACCUCGUUAUUAGCAAACAAAUAUUUUAAAGCAUUAUCACCAGCAAUAAGCAAGUUUUUUAUUACCUAUUAAACUUUAAAACAACUAUACUACAUUACCAUAUAAUUAAUAACAGACACAUAUAAUAAUAAAAAUGCCUGCCAGAUAUUCCAACAAAAAGUAUCACGUCACCAAGCCAGCUAAGAAGUCUAGAGCUUACAGACAAUAUUAUUACAAACAACCAUCUAACACUGCCUUUGUGGAAGAACCAGAAAGUGAAGAAGAACAAAGUGAAGAAGAAGAAAGCGAAGAAGAAGUUGAAGACCAAUCUGAACAAGUUUACGAAUUUGGUUUGGAAGACAAUGAUAACAACGACCAAGAAAGUGAAAGUGACAGUGACAGUGAAGACGAAGGUGUUGUAAUCUACUACGACAACUCCGACAUUGAAGUGGAUGACUCUGAAGAUUCUGAAGACUCUGAAAUCGAUUCUGAAGCAUCCUCCGACUCUGACUCCUCUGACUCCGACUCCGACUCUGAUGACGAAAAUGCUUCUUCCUCUACUGAAGAAUUAGAAGAUGAAAUUAUGUACUACGACCCUAACGAAGACCAAAUUAUUGACUUGGAUGGUGACUACCUUGACCCAGAAGAUGUUCAAGCUGAAGUUUACUUCAGUUCUGAUGAAGAAGUUGAAGCUUUUGAAGCCAACAACGACAUUAUUGACUUGAACAACGAAAUUGUUCAAUACUACGAUUCUGAAAACUCUUCUGAAUCUGAUUCCGAAUCUGAAUCUGAAUCCGACUCCGAUUCUGAAGAAUACAUCAACAUGGUUGACUUGAACGAUGAAUUACAAGCUGAAGUUCUCAAGCAAAUUGCCUACGGUGAAUUAGAACUUGCUCACAGUGACUUAGACAUGGACACUGAAGAUGAACGUGAAUUGAACGAUCAAUUACAACUCGAAGCCGUCAGACAAGUAUUUGAAGAAGAAUUAAUCAGCGAAUCUGAAGUUGAUUCUGAUGAAGACUCAACUGACGAUGAAGGUGUUACUAUCUACAGACACACCUUUGACUUGCCAGACUCUUACUCUUCUGAAGCUGAAGAAGAAGAAGAAGAAGAAGAAGAAGAUUUGUUGCUCGCAGUUGACUCUGAAGACGAAGAAGGUGAUGUUGAAGUCAUCGAUUUAUCCAAGGACUUAGAAAACAGCAAGGACUGUGAAUUGUCCAAGAUUGACGAAAACACCUUCAAGUUGAACGUGAGAUUCCCUGCUUUGGUCAAGGAAGAAUUAAAGAUCGAUUUCUCCAGAGAAAACAAUGAAUUAAUCAUCAAGGGUAAGUUGAACUUGACUGGUGAAGAAGAUGACGAAGAAAUGGAAUCUGAAUCUGAAUCUGAAUCUGAAUCUGAAUCCGAAUCCGAAUCCGAAUCCGAAUCCGAAUCUGACUCCUCUGAUUCCGACUCUGACUCUUCUGACUCUGACUCUUCCGACUCUGAAUCCGAAUCUGAAUUCGAAACUGAAUGUGAAGAAGAAGAUUGUGAAUGUCAUUUAUCUGAAGAUGAAUCUGAAGAAGAAUGUGCAGAAUGUGAAGAUUGCGAAGAUUGUGAAGAAUGUGAAGAAGAAUGCGAUUCUGACUGUGACUGUGAAGAAGAAGCCAAGUGCGGUUUAGAUUGCGAUUGCGAUGAUGAAGAAGAAAUUGUUGAAGACACUGAAAAAUUGAUUCAAGACUUUGCAGACCAAGAAAUUGCUUUUGAAAAGCACUUCCUGUUCGACAAGGAAAUUGACUUUGAAAACAUCAGAGCUGUCUUCAAGGAUGAAGAACUUGAAAUCAUAAUCCCAACUGUUGCCAACGCAUCUGACAACUUGUUCAGCAUUCAAAUUGAACUGGCUGAUGAAGAAGACAGUGACAUGGACGAAGACGUUGAAUUUGAAGACGCUUCCAUGUAAAAUAAAAAAUAGAAAAGAAAAAACAUAGAAAGAGAAAAAAAGUGUAUAGAUAGAUAUAAAAGAAAAUGAUUAAUGUAAUAUAACAAAUGAGAAAUAAUCCAAACUUGUAAGAAUAAUUCAAUUUAUUG